CAGUAUUCCUUGGCUUUCCAACCUGUUUCAGUUGUGGAAAAGGAGCCUGAGAAAGAGAUUUUUCUCUGGGUGGCUUCUGGGAUAUAGGGGUUGAGUCCUGACUGGGAUGUUGUAUGGCUGCAGUGGUCAGUGAGAGAGCGCCAAAGUGACAGGAAGAAUCAAGGGACUAUCUUGAGGGAUGAUGGAGUCGCAGUAUCUCUGGAGGGUGUAGGAUUUAUUUGAUGCAGAAGUAAAGACAGUGGAAUUACUUUCCAGAUUUAUCUGGGCCUCGCAGUUGGGACUUUUGGGGGGAUUUUUAAAAGAAAAAGGAAGCACAGGGAGAGUCCACAGAUGCCUUCUCAGUGGCAGUUCCCCUAGCGACUUCCCCCUCCUCUCGUCCUGGCCAGCUUUCACUCCAGGUCGCCACCCCGAGCAGAGUCCAGACGCAGGCGCAGCCUCCUAGGCUACGGAUUUGGCCCGGGACGGGAAAGCGCAGCUGCAGCUUUACUGGCUGAGUUCCUGUGAGGACGGGGCGGACCGGGGCGUGUUUGAUUGAUCCGCAGGGCAAGACUUGGAGCCACCACUCUCGAGGCCCUCCCAGCAGACGCCCAGAGCAGGUCCAGCUCUUCAAGCCUUCCUCCCUGAUCCAGUGAAGCCUUACUGACUGACACAGUUGCUGGCUCAGAGCAAGCCCAAUGGGGUCCUCUUCCUUCUUCCAACCCUGAGAAAAAUGUUGGAUCCUGAGCAUCUCACCAGGUUUCAGCCACAGUCACAGUAGCAAAGAUUGAAAAGAAAUGCUUAGAAAUAAAGCUUUCAGUCUUGGAUACAUAUCAUGGGUAUUGGGAAGUCUAAAACACACACCUUCCCUCUUUGCUUCUCUUGGGGUAAAAGUCACAGUGUGGAUACAAGUCAAGGCCAUCUCGAGUCUGAGUCCAUGAAACCUGAAGUGGUCUCCUUGUGUGAUGUUUUGGAGCAAAGCCUUACAACAGAGGAACAGACAGGAGAGCAAGAGGGAGCAGAGGUGGAAAAAGAGAUUCCUGAAGGGGAAGUGGAAGAAGAAGUGUUCCUCAAAUUUGUGAUACUGCAUGCAGAAGAUGAUACAGAGGAAGCCCUGAGAGUCCAGGAGCUGUUACAGGAUGACUUCGGUGUCAAGCCCGGGAUAAUCUUUGCUGAAAUGCCAGGCGGCAGGCAGCAUUUGCAAAAUUUAGAUGACGCCGUGAAUGGGUCUGCAUGGACAAUCUUAUUACUUACCGAAAACUUCUUGAGAGAUACUUGGUGUAAUUUCCAGUUCUACACAUCCCUCAUGAAUUCUGUGAACAGGCAACACAAGUACAACUCUGUUAUACCCAUGCGGCCCCUGAACAAACCCCUUCCCAGAGAAAGGACUCCCUUCGCUCUACAAACCAUCAAUGCCUUGGAAGAGGAAAGUCAUGGCUUUUCUACACAGGUAGAAAGAAUUUUUCAGGACUCCGUGUAUAAGACACAACAAACUAUAUGGAAAGAAACAAGGAAUAUGGUCCAAAGGCAAUUUAUUGCCUGAGAUGAAGUGUACAACACAUGGCUCUGGCUUCUGUUUUGUAAGCCAUAUAAAUCAUUAAUCUGGUAGAAAGCAGUUUCUAAGAAAUGUCUGAAUGAAAAUGAGCUCACUCUUACAGAAACUGAUGGAGCACAGGAAAGAUACAUUUCUGCUGGACAAUCUAUAGAACUGUGAUAACGUGCAGUGUUUCAGUAAACUCGAGAUUGUUGGAGGUUCAACUUUCCUCUCAUGGUUUCCUAGUUCAUGGCUGUGGCAAAGGAUGUUCUCACUUCAUGUUCCUUGUACUGAAUUUUGAACAAGAAUGAGUAUGACAGACCUUUAAAAAUGUGAUUAGUUUUUUUUUCUCAAAGAAACAAAGAAGAAAUGGCCCCAAAAGGUCUUACCACCCUCUCUCUUGAGGCAGCUCUUGUGACUGUUGUAACAAAGUAUUCCAGGGCCGGGGAUUUAGCUCAGUGGUUCAGUGGCCUGCCUGGCAAGUGUAAGGACCCGAGUUCAACGAUACCAAAAAAAAAGUAUUCCAGAAACUGUCACCCAGAAAUAUAUAUUGCUAAAAGAGAACAUUUAGAACAAUGAUGAAGUGAAAUCAGAAGUAGAUGUGAGAAGGGUGGUGCUUUUUAAAAGAAUCUAGUCAAAUAUAUUUUCUGCUGGAAUUUGCAUUUUGGAAGGAGCUCCUGCUCGUUAACAGCCUUUGAUCAUAUUGUAGUUUUGAACUCAUGGACUGGUGGGACUCUGUAGCAGGUAACUAGGGAGGCUGUGUGUGCCCCAGUUUGAAGCUCUCCAUGUUAGACAUCGUCUGUGACCAAGGUUUUCUUGUCAGAGCUUCUGAGAAGGGUAGGUUGUGUGUGAUUAGCCAUAUGUUCUCCUUUAAAAUCAGUAACUUUUCUUACAGCCUUUAAAAAGUUUCUCUCACACAUAGUGCUUUACUCGAAAAAUAUCUUUCUUCUACGGUCCUGUGUGCACGUAUGCACUUGUGUGUGCAUGUUGUGGAUUAUUUUUGAAGACCUGCAGUAGAAGAAAAAGAUGUAUUUUAUCACCUCCUCUUCUAGUGCUCUAGGCUCAUAACAAUCCAGACGGGUCCCAGACAUACCUAUUUCUUUCUCUCAUAGCCCUUCUGCCCAUCUGAGAUUGAGGAAGUGCCAUCAAGCACGGAUCCCGGACAGGGCAGAGAAGUCAUGUCAUGUAAUGAGAAAAGCACCCGCCAGGGGGCAGGAGACCUGAUUCUAGUCCAAUCUCUGCCGAGGGGAAUAAAUGUGAUAUUGUGUGAGCUUCUUGCUCUCCUUCAUCUGUGAAAGAGUUGGACUGGAUGUGAAAAGCUGGGAACCAGCAAAGGGAACAAGCAAAGGGAUAUAAUUUUAUAAGGUGAUAUAUAAUAGCUGCAGAAGGCUUUAUAUAUGCUUACAAUGAAAGAAUGUUUUUGUGUAAAAACAAUUUUAAUGUUGUCUAUUAUAUUUUUACAGUCAUAGUAAAGACUGCACAUGUUUACUCAGUUUUUUAAAAUAUACUUUUUAUGGAGACCGUCAAGAAAAGACAUUCUUUAUAAUUUUUCUUUCGUCUUAUCCCUACCUUUCUGAGUCGGUCCUAGUGCCGGGAUCUGGUCAUAUCUUUUCUUUCAUUCACAUCAAACUAGAAUGUUUAUGGUUAUGUGUGCAACUCAGUCAGACCUCCUGUUCUGUAACACUGUUGGAGGAGAAGAUUAUUUUCAUCACCUGGAAACAUUUUCUUAACCGUAGCAUCCUUCUUUGUCCUAGUAGCUUACUACUCAGAUUCUGUCUCAGUUUUAGUAUUCAUUUUUUUGCUGUAAUGCUUCCUGUAUCUCAAAUUUCAUGUAAUAAUAAAAACAUUAACAACCCACUCUUCAUGCUUGCCAAA